AUGUGCGGCGGAGGUAGCUGUCGUUCUCGCUCGCGACAGAAGACAUCUCCUCCCCCUACCCCGAUCGAACCCUUCGGCAUCAUCCGACGAGCUCUGGGCAAUGCUAUCGUCUCCGGAGACGACGGCGAGCUUGGCUUUGCGUCGACCUUGAAGGUGACGGAGAAGAAGAAGAGGGAGUACCCCGUCGACCCCUUCCUUCCCGACCUCCGAAUCGACGGCGGCAUCUACAGUACCGACGAGUUCCGCAUGUUCUGCUUCAAGGUGUUGCCGUGCACGCGGGCGUACGUCCACGACUGGACGGCGUGCCCCUUCGUUCAUCCCGGCGAGACGGCGAGGCGUCGGGAUCCGAUCAAGUACCCGUACGCUGCCUGGUUCCCCUGCCCCGCCUUCCGCCGAGGCGGGUGCACCAGGGGCGACUUGUGCCGGUUCGCCCACGGCGUCUUCGAGCGCUGGCUUCACCCCACGCAGUACCGCACGGUGAUGUGCAGGGACGGCGGACGCUGCGCUCGCCGCGUCUGCUUCUUCGCCCACACAUCCGAAGAGCUUCGCGCAGUGCCUGUGCUGCUGCGUCUCCCUGGACUCCAUGAUUUCUAUGCCACCGGAAUUCACAUCCCUUUUGGUGAAUCUUCCGCGCAACUGAUAGACCAAACCCACCUUGUCCCCCCCUUCGCCGCGGACAUAUCUUCGCCCACAAGGUACGACUCCGAUCGACUCAGUCCGCGGCCGCCGCAGCAGCAGCAACAUCACAGCUUGUACCCGAGCAUCGACGCCAACGUAUCCAAGUUCCCUUCUCCCCUACAGGGCUCGGCACUCCCGAUCACGCCACCAGAUGUGAGCUUCCGCCUCGGCGCUCGAGACCACCAAUCGCCUUCGCCAAUCUAUUCCUGGUCCAGCAAGUGGGUAGCUCCAUGCGAGAUGGACGAAGAGGAGGUGGUCGGAGGGUUGUUGGGUCGGUCGCCGUGGGCCGAGGAGCCCGAUGUUUCCUGGGUGCAGUCACUGGUCGGCCCGCCGGAGGUGAAGGUGAGAAAUGAGACGAGGAGUAGCUCGGCCGUCAUGGAUACGGAUGAGUGCAUGACUUCAUGCAUCUGCGAGGCGUGGCUGCAGGAAUGCAUGCAGAUUGAGCCUCCGCCUCCCCCGAAGCAUUAG